GGCGGUGCGUGCGCGUGCGCGGGCGGCGCGGGCGGUCCGGCAUACUACGUGGAUUCCUCUGCACGCGCGCGGCCUCACCCUGAAGCUCCGGACUGGUGAGGGGACGGCCACUCGCUUGGGGCAUGGAUUUUGAAAAUCUUUUCUCAAAACCUCCCAACCCGGCCCUCGGCAAAAGACCGGCCUCGAACGCUGACAAAAGAUUCGAUGAUGAAGUAGAUGAUACAGAAGUUGAAGAGGCUCAAGAAGAAAAAAUAAAAUGGGAGGUUAAACUGGAGUACGAGCAAAUUCCCAAAAAAGUUAGACACUUUGGAAACUCUACAACAACACCAAAGAGUUUGCCAUAUAGAAAAUCAAGAAGUAAAGACUAUGAGUCAUAUAGUGAUAAUGAUACGUGCAGUCAGGAACCAGAAAAUAAUUUUGAGAAAGAACUUCAAAAGUACAUACGAGCUAAAGAAAUGGCAAAUGCUGCUCAGCCCCUGCCAUCUUCUAAAGAAUCUGUGACGAAAGAGGGAGUAAAAGAUACCAAACUGUCUGCUAAACCAAAAAAUAAAAAUCUUAAACCUGGUCACAAGAAUGGAAAACAAAAGAAAAUGAAACAAAAACGGCCUGGCACUGGGAACGAAGGGCCAGAUGCCUUAUUGCAGAAGAGCAGUCGACAGGAAGAGGUAUGGAGUCUACAGGAAGAGGGUGGUGCGCCUAAGGAGAAGCAGCAGCAUGUGAGAAUGAGUCAGGGAUUCAUCAACCAGCAUACGGUGGAACGCAAGGGGAAGAAAGUUUGCAAAUACUUUCUUGAAAGGAAAUGCAUUAAGGGAGAGCAGUGUAAGUUUGAUCAUGAUGCAGAGAUGGAGAAGAAAAAGGAAAUGUGUAAGUUUUAUGUACAAGGAUAUUGUACCAGAGGCGAAAACUGCUUGUAUUUGCAUAAUGAAUAUCCUUGCAAGUUUUAUCACACAGGAACAAAGUGUUAUCAGGGAGAGCAUUGCAGGUUUUCACAUGCUCCAUUGACUGCUGAAACACAAGAACUGUUGGCUAAAGUUUUGAAUACUGAAAAGAAGACAUGUAAAUAAAAUAGUCUAAAAAAGCUUUUAUAUAGAUGAAGAGUGGUUACACCUGUUGUCUGUUCCAACCUGUCCCAGACUGGUGAUAUGGAGUCACUCUCGGGAUUCCUCACUUCAGGCGCCUUCUGGUGUCCUUGUGCUGAUGUGCAGCUCUUUAAUGAUAGCACAGAGGGAUGGAGUGCCCUGCCCAAGUGAAAGAAGGGGUUGGUCGUCACCCAGAUGCUCCAGCUCUUGGGACAGGAGAGGAGCACAAAGGGUGAGAUGCAGGCUUGUGGGGUCAUGUGGCAGUAAAUUGCAGCUGUGUUUUCUGUUUGAGAUUUCUCAAUAAAAUAAGAACCAAAGUUAGUCUAAGUGAGAAUGAGUGAAGAAGUAGAGGAAGUUAGGAAGACAUUGGGAUAAUAUAAGAGCUCUGUACAUGUCAUUAAAUACUUUGACAACAUGUUUUUAAUGAUAGCUCACAAUUCCAUUUUAUAGCUUAAAGUUUAUGAUUGUGAUUUUUUUAAACCAGUGUUCUAUUGGACAUUUGUUUGCAGUUUCUUACUAUUAUAAAUAAAGUAGAGUAAUAUCUCUUGA